UGGGGUGGUAUAGGCAUCAUGUGCUGGUACAGGCAUUAUGUGCUGGAAUACACUGGAGAUUUGUGAGUGUUUACAUCUUAGCCCAGUGCACUGCCACAUAACUAAAUGUAUUCACAUGUUAAGAUGGGCAAGAAUGAAUGAAGGACAGUAAUUAACACAUGUAGUCUGUCAGAUUUUAAGUUGAAUGAAUGAAUGGUGAAGAUAAGCAAACACAAUCAGAAAAGUAGAAUUGUCUCAUUUAAUGGUCUCUGAAUACCUGGGUUCUGUUCCUAGUUCCACCAAUGACUUUAAUUAUUCUUUUGAAAAGUGUCUUUUUAAAAACGAUCUAUUGAUAAGUUAGUCUCAUGGCAGGGUAUUCCUCAAAAAUAUCAAUAGGAUUAAUCAACCUUGGUGAAGUAUAUUUUAAAAUGUAAAUGAUCUCUAACAAUGUUGCAUAUCUAAAUACUUUAUAUUGUCACAUUUGUCCAAUAUAUAUUUCCAUUUGCUGGAUGCAAAUAUUUUCCUAAAUAUUAAGGAAAGGUGCUGGUUUUAUAAUAUGCCAGGGAAAUUUUUCCAUAGUCAACAUAUUGUUUAUUUGCACUUAAAUAUUGCAUCAAUAAUCUGAAAACAAGAAAUAGCCUGAUUAUGGCUACAGACUGUUUAGAAGCUGUGAUUUCUAUCAUGGACUGCUUUCAACUGCUAUAUUUUAUGGCACGGAUUCAGCGGGAAUCUGAUCUGCUAAAAUAUUUGGGCUGUGAAAACUCCCACACUGUGACAGAUGUCAAGUCCAAUUAAGUGACUCAUGUCCAGGUUUCUGUCCAAUAGGAUUUCCCAUUAAAUAUCAAUUUAGAGGGAAAAAUUCCAUCCCCCUUCUUAAGCCUUUAUCUCGUCCACCAUCUCCAGGCUGAAUCAAUUGGUACCAGGAGAGCCAAGAAGCCACACACAGCUCUGCAUCUGUGCUCUGGCUCUCCCACCCUCUUCCAGUCUUUCUCCGCUUCCCUAUCACUGUUGCUCCAGGAGACGUUCACUUUCCACCAACCUCUCUCCAAGCAUCUCCAAGCCACUGGCUAUAUAAAUUUUGCUACAAGAGCCAUAGAAGAGGAAAAAGCAGGAGACUUUUCAACACAUCAUUUAAAAAAAACAACAACAACGAAUUUUUCGAAAUGUUUGAGAACAAUUAAAAGGAAAAGGCGUUUUUGAUCUACCAGCUAAGUGAACAAUCAUUCAUAUCAUCCACAUCCUGAGAUACCGUCUCUUGCUGCGGGCACCGGCGAGAUGACAGCUGCUUUUUCAUUUUUGAAUGUAAUAAACAAUUGCUGCUUUUAAUAUUUUUUCCGGAAUUUCCCCCUCGCCAUUCCCUGGAAUUUUAACUCUAAAAGAUUGGAGAAAAGAUUGUCGAAAAGGCUUUUGCAAGCCUCCAAAAUGAUGCUGAGUCCGGACCAAGCCGCGGACUCGGACCACCCCAGCUCGGCGCACUCGGACCCGGAGUCGCUGGGCGGCGCGGACACCAAGGUUCUGGGCAGCGUGUCGGACCUGGAGCCGGUGGAGGAAGCCCAGGGCGACGGCAAGGGCGACAGCCGCGCGGCCCUCUACCCGCACCCGCAGCAGCUGAGCCGCGAGGAGAAGCGGCGGCGCCGGCGCGCCACGGCCAAGUACCGCUCGGCCCACGCCACCCGCGAGCGCAUCCGCGUGGAGGCCUUCAACCUGGCCUUCGCCGAGCUCCGCAAACUGCUGCCCACGCUGCCGCCGGACAAGAAGCUCUCCAAGAUCGAGAUCCUGCGCCUGGCCAUCUGCUACAUCUCCUAUCUCAACCACGUCCUGGACGUGUAGGGCGGAGGCGCGGCGGGAGGCCGCGGUCCGGGGGCGGGAAAGGCGACCGACCCGGGCGGCCGCCUCGGAGGGGCAGAGCGGCAGGCGCCCGACCCGGAGACCCCGGGACCGGGAAGCAGCUCGAGCCCGUCCUCUCUGGUCAGCAGGCACCAGGAAGGUUCCCGAGCCGGGAAGCUGGGGUUGGCUGGAGAGCCCCGGGGCUCCAGGAGGGGUAUUUUUCAGGCCUUCUGGGGGCACCCAACAAGGGCCGGGGGGGGGGCCUCCCCUAGGUGUAUUAGGAUCCCCACAGCGCUGUUGCUUUAACCCGCUGGAGACUGACUUCUCCUAUGUUUAUCUCCCACAGAUCUUCAUGUUUUGAAAGACCCAGGGCAGGAGUCUCAGAGUACAGGCUCAUAACUUUAAACUCUAUGAAUUUUUCUAAUUGACAGAUCACCAAACUUUGGGAAGGGGGAGAGGAAGAACUCUCUUCCAGAGGUUAAGGCACAGCAAGAUGAAAUGGGAAACUGUUUCUUUGUCAGAAGAAAGAUGGUAUUAGAGUCCAGACAAAACAAACGCUGAAUAUUUGGCAGGUUUAAAAGACAAAUUGAGAAGAGACAAGCUGUGGGAGGAUUUGAGCUGGGUGAGAUCGUAACCCCGAGAGGACACUGACCUAGACUGAAAAAACCCUAUUUAAGUGGAACAUUUAACAUCUGACUGCUCUUUCAGGUGAAGUGCCCCUUUAUAUAUCCAAAAACAUCUAUUUGUGACCUUAAACAUGUGGACCCAUAGGUGCAGUUAGAAGAAGACGACCUAUUUUUAUUUAUGUUAGAAGAAGUAGAGUAUUUUUUUCAAGACAUUUAUUUUUCAGAGUGGUGAUAAUUUUACUUUGGAUACUCUGUGCCAAUUUAUUUAUAGUCAAGUGUUUACACUUUUUCCUGUGGAAUAAUUACGUCUAAAUUUUUAGGUGUUUGUUGAGAUUAUGCUGUGGUCUUUCUUUUUGCUCAAUUAAUAUUGCACUUGUAUAAGAAAUUUCCCUCUCCUCCGUUUCUAAACAUAUUUUAUAUAUUAAGAUGUUUGUUCUCGAAAGGUUCUUUUGUUGUGAGAUCAGCAACACUAGCACUUCACUAUUAUAGUUUUUUUUAAAAAGUAAGUGUUGUUAUUCUUAUCUGUAGUUAUGUCUGAAAAGUACUUUACAACCUGUUUAUAAGGAGAGUAGCUUCUUCGUGCGUGCGUGCGUGCGUGUGUGUGUGUGCGUGAUGUUUGUGCGUGGGGAUGAUUUUAGGAAAUUAAGUUAUUUUCCUAAACAAAAAAAGAAUUCAGAACUACUUUCCUCUGUGACAACCAAAAAGAAAAGUCUAUAACCUGAAAAUGUUUCAUGUUCUCAGCUAUGAAACUCAAAGCAAGGAGUGUAUUUUAGAGACAAGAGAAAAAAAACACAUCUGCUAUCCAAAGAUUUUAGUCUUUUUCAGGGUUUUUUUGUGUCUCUGUUGCUUUAUAUAAUGCAAUAUUUUGUAGUGAAAAUAGAUAUAAUCUGGUUUCUAUCUGACAAGUUUUUCAUAUCUCAUGAAUGGUG